UGUUAUUGGUCUGGAGGUCUGGACUCUGGGCAGGUUGCGCGCUUGCGCACAUCGCAGUUUGUCUGCGUGUCAUGUUGAACGCUUAAAGCUGGGUAGUCAACAUGUCCACCUCUGCAGCUCAACAAAACAAUAACGAGGAACCCGGGCUUCACGGCUCCUGGGUAGAACUGGAGCUGAAUGGGAAUACAGGGGUCCAGGGCAGGCAGCCUGACCUGCCAGUGACACCCGCUGCAGACCACAUAAACGCAAAUGCUGGCAUGAGUCAGACGCUGGUCACUCUUGACGUGGUGCCUGAAGGUGAUGAAACCCUGAUUGGAGGACUGGAGCAUGUGCCGUCAUCCUCCUCCAUCCACAACGGAGACAUGGAAAAAAUCCUCCUGGAUGCACAGCAUGAAUCCAGCCCAAGUAACUCCUCCUGCGAUAGUCCUCACAGGCCACCAAGUCCAGAGCAGGACGAGGGUCAGAUAACUUUUGAUGUUGAGAUGCCAAGCCCGAGAGCUAGUUCGUCGGAGGAAGAUGGUCUAGAGAAGGACAGAGAGGAAGACAUCUUGAUGAACAAAGAAGUAGAAUGGGCCCCUGACUGGUCCAGCAGACCCGAAAACAUUCCACCAAAGGAGUUCCACUUCAGGCACCCCCGACGUUCAGUAUCUCUUAGUAUGAGGAAGAGUGGAGUCAUGAAGGAUGGCGGCAUCUUCUCUGCUGAAUUCCUCAAAGUGUUCAUCCCUUCCUUGCUCAUCUCACACAUCCUGGCGCUUGGCCUCGGGGUGUAUAUUGGGAAGAGAAUUGCCACAGCCUCCGCCAGCUCUUACUGAAUCGAAAAUGAAGCAGUGCCUGGAUGUUCUCCUGUCUCCCAAGUCUCUCAACCUUCCUAUUGUAGUCACGCUCUGUCUCUGCAUCUAUUGUAUGCCCACAUUUCCUGUCCAGUCAGCAUUAAAUUAGGUCACAUUGUAGAUGUAGCUAGACACAUUGCGUAAUGUGGUUGCACUCCGUCAGACGAUGACACAGGGAAACAUCGCACACACAGUUGUCACCGGUCCAAGUCUAGUAGAUGCAAAAUAUGUGAAUUUGAUGUCAGGUGGCUUCAGGGUUGACAUUUCUUUAUUUUGUUUUCAUGUCAUGUCUAAAGAAAUCUGGCCUUCUCCCAAGCUGCAUUUCUCCUCUGGUGUCCUAUAGGAGGCAGAGUUGCUGAAUCUUCGCUAUAGUUGCAAUAAACUAAUUUGAUUGGCUCUGGGAACAGAAGGGACUUUUAUCGCCUUAAUUUAGUGAACUCAACAUUCAAGGUGCAGUGAAACGAGGGCCGGGGACAAAUGACGCUGCACAGUGGGAUCAGUUUUUUUUUUCAAUUCUGCACAGUUUUGAGAAUAGAAGUUGCAUCUUGAGUGUUUCUUUUAAAAGCUUUGUUUUCUUUUCGAGGUUGAAAAGCUUAAACAUUUAUCUAGUAUGUAGCUCCAGACCUUUAGUGAGGUUGUUAGAAGUAUAUUAUAAUGCCAGAAAGCAUUAUGCCAGGCCAUAUGCUAUUUUCAUUUCUUCUUGCCUACAUAUCUUUAACAAAUAAUAUAGAAGCAAUGGCAAAGUGCCAAAUGUUUAUCAUUCACCACUGCACAUUGGUGAUUUAUCUUAGACUGUUUUAUUUUAUAUAUGUUUAGGUAUUUAAAGAUGUAGAUGUGAAAAAUAACUUAAGCUGUGAUCUGCCCCAUGUAACAAGACAUCUGUCGACAUUGUAUAAUUUGUAUACAUUGAUAAGGAUGCAUAUUAUAUCUUAUGCAUUGUGGCAGUGUAAGUAAUGUCUUUUUGCUGUUGUUUAAUUGCUGAAGCUUCAGUGGCAGAAACCACCACCACAGAGGAGAUUUCUAGGGGCCUCAUUUAAGAGUGUCAUCUGACUUUUAUCUAGAUUUCACUGUACAAUGAUUUCGCACAAAAUGAUUCAAUAAAUAGCGUACAGUGUCUGUGGAACUUGCAGAAAAAUGAUUCCCUGAAGAAAACGCAUGCAUCUCUGUAUAUUGAUGCCGACUGAAAGGUUCUUCUGUCAGUCUUUGUAAAUUGAUGACUUUAUGAUUAUGUGAAAAAUCAUUGAAGAUAAUGUACAAUAUUGGCAAUAUUGGUUUGAACGCACUCUAGGCUUCAAAGCAUUGUGUAACUCAUACUAACUCAUAAACUGUACAUGUCAUGAUAGCAGGCUUAUGUACAGUUGAUCAGUGUGCAAUACAGAGCGUUUUGGAAUUUGAAUAAAGUUUGUACUGUA